UCUUUCCCUCCCUUCCUCCUCUCAGGACAAAAACACCUCCCAUGACAACACACGCCCUGUCAAGAUGCACGGCAUUACGGAAACGAUAGUAGAGACCGUCGCCCAGCACUGGCUGUCCAUCGGCCUGUCGCUGGUGGUGACCUGGCUGGUCAAGAACCACUAUAACAACGGCCUGAACAAGCACCCGGGGCCCUUCCUGGCCUCGCUGACCGACUGGUGGCGCUUCUUCGACGUCAAGGGCUGCCGGCCCGAGGUGACGCACCGGAAGCUGCAUGAGCAGUAUGGGGACGUUGUCCGUCUCGGGCCCAACACGCUCUCCUUCGCCGACCCGGCCGCCCUCAAGACCAUUUACGGCCUGAACAAGGGCUUCGUCAAGUCCGACUUCUACAUUGUGCAACAGUCCAUUGCCAAGGGCUACAGGCUUGAGUCGCUCUUCAGCACGACCAACAACGACUUCCACUCGCAGUUCCGCCGCUGCGUCAACUCGGCCUUCUCCAUGUCAGCCCUCGUCCAGUACGAGCCCUUUGUCGACAACACCACCAAGCUGUUCCUCUCGCAGACGGAGAAGCUCUUCGCCGGCAACCCGCUGGGCUGCGACUUCACCACCUGGCUGCAGUUCUACGCCUUUGACGUCAUCGGCGAGAUCACCUACAGCAAGCGUCACGGCUUCAUCGAGAAGAAUGAGGACAUUGACGGCAUUGUCGCCUACCUGGGCAAGCUGUUCCUCUACGUAGCACCGAUCGGUCAGAUCCCCUUCCUCGACCGCCUCCUCCUCAAGAACCCCAUCUACCUGAAACUCUCGCAAUGGGGCUUCAUUGACGCCACCUUCCCCGUCGCCCGCUUCGCCCGCGACCGCAUGGCCGAGCGCCUCCCCGAGCUUGACGGAAAGGAACCCUUGCUGCCCGUGACCUCGGGCAAGAAGCUCGCCGAGCAGCCCGACCUGCUGUCCAAGUUCCUCGCCGCGCGCGAGGCCCGCCCCGACUUCAUGUCGGACGUGCUCGUGCAGACCAUGGCCGUGAGCAUGGCCUUCGCCGGCUCCGAGACGACGGCCAUCAGCCUCGCCGCCGUCUUCUACUACCUGCUGCGGAACCCGACGGCGCUGGCCCGGCUGCGCGCGGAGCUCGACGACUUCGCGCGGAGCGGCGGCUUCAGCGACUCCGAGACAGGGCUCGUGACGUGGGCCGAGAGCCAGAGGCUCGUCUACCUCGACGCCUGCAUCAAGGAGGCCUUCCGCAUGCACCCGGCCGCCGGCCUGCCGCUGGAGCGCGUCGUGCCCGAGCAGGGCGCCGAGAUCGCGGGUACCUUUGUCAAAGGCGGCACCAUCGUCGGCUGCAGCGCCUGGAUCAUCCACCGCCGCCCGGAGAUCUGGGGCGAUGACGUCGACGCGUACCGGCCCGAGCGGUGGCUGCCGGACGAGGGCCGGGACCCGGUGGCCGAGGAGAGGCGCAUCAAGGAGAUGAACGGCCACAUGUUCCAGUUCGGCAUGGGCAGCCGGACGUGCAUCGGGAAGAACAUUUCCCUGCUGGAGAUCUACAAGGUCGUGCCGAGUUUGCUGCGGAGGUUUGAGAUUUCGCUCAAGGAUCCGAGCCAGGAGUGGGAGCUUGUCAACGCGUGGUUCGUCAAGCAGAACAACUUCCAGGCCAAGUUCGAGAGGAGGGAGAUCGUCAAGGCGGACGGCAGCGAGAAGGUCGAAUCAUAAAAAAACGGGGGAGGGAAAGGGAAGAAAGGUGGUGGUGGUGGUGGUGGUGGUGGUGAUGGUGUACGAUGGCUGAUGACGAGCUUGAUGACGUGAAUGAUGAUAUAUACACACAUAUAUAUACACACCCUAGACGUUACAAACCAAAACCAGAUCUGUCUAUACUGUCUACGUAACACCGUGUCUGAUGGCCCCCUUUCUUGUCGUCUAACGAAAUCAUGACAGAAGGUCUAGCUGACAGGAAACCACGGUCUUCUGUCCAUCGCAUUGCUUGCAGAUGGAGUUUGUCUAUACUCCCCCAGCACAAGGCGGACUCCAACCGUCAUCUGACGAUAGGUCCCAUCCCUGGCCACAGAAUGAUUGUUCCCCUUUGGAGAGGUCUCUAUACGAUGUUUCUUCAAGAGGUGCACCCCCCUUGUAAUCUAUCUCGCCCGUUGUUCCUCGCCCCAGUCCGAGUUUAUUCCCC